CGAGUCCCGGCACCACCGUCACGUGACAGGGGUUGCGCAGGAAACGGCUUCGCAGCUGAUGGAGGCGUGUAGCGCGACGUUCUCGGUCAGAUGACCGCUCUGCGCGAGAGAAGAGCGAGGCUUCCUAUAGUUCCUGUAAGAUUAUCGCCUGUUGUGCGGAGGCAGGAACGCGUAGCUGGGAGCCGAGGGGCGGUGGCAAGCGCGGCUAGGCGCCUUCUCGACCCCUGAGGAGCUCGGCUAAAGGCACGGCGAAGCUUUGGCAGCGCGGCGGCCAGAAGGAAGGAGCGCGAACAUCGGCGGCGCUCGCGCCGGAGCUGAGGAGAGGCGGGGAAUACAAAGCGCUCCGUUUUGAAUGCAUCCGUCACACGGCAGGCAGCGCUCGCGCCAAGAGACACCGCUAGCUUCAGCUUGGCUGUUGUCGCGCUCGUGCCGAAGAAUACAGUUGAGUCGGUUGUAACGUCGGGAGCUUCCGACGCGGUGGAUACAGAUGGAUUAUCUGUGUUUCCGAGCACUUUGUUGCAAAGGACCCCCACCGCCCCGGCCGGAGUACGAUGUGGUGUGUAUAGGACUGACGGGUGCCGGAAAGACCAGUCUGCUCUCGCGCCUGUGCAGUGAAGGCACCGACAACAUAGUGCCAACCACAGGUUUUAGCAUCAAAGCUGUCCCAUUCCAGAAUGCCAUCCUGAAUGUAAAGGAACUUGGGGGAGCUGACACUAUCAAGAAAUACUGGAGCCGCUACUACCAGGGGUCCCAGGGGGUGAUCUUCGUCCUGGACAGCGCUUGCUCAGAGGAGGACCUGGAGGCGGCGCGGACCGAGCUCCACUCUGCCCUGCAGCACCCCCAGCUCUGCACACUCCCCUUCCUCAUACUGGCCAACCACCAAGACAAGCCGGCCGCACGCUCUGUGCAGGAGAUAAAAAAGUAUUUUGAGUUGGAACCACUUGCAAGAGGGAAAAGUUGGAUUCUGGACGCAAGCUCAGUGGACAACAUGGAUGCCGUAAAGGAAAGUUUCAGUCAGCUGAUCAAGCUACUGGAAGAGAAAGAUGCUGAAACUGGGAGGAUAUGAAGCUCUCAUUUUUGGUGUAGUAUUAACAAAAAGAACUUUCAACCAAAUGAACAACUGACAGAAAAAGAGCUGGCAUAUUAGUUUUUGCAGAUGAGUGUAUGAAAGUAAGUAAUGGGAAAAAUUGCCGUACACUUGCGGUCAUCACCCAGCACUCAAGGGCCACAUAUCCUGAGGACGGAGUAAGACUACAGUAAAUUCCCAGAAUAUAUUCAAGAACACACUGAAUGGCAUUUAUGUAAAACAGACAUUACAGACUUAUGUCUUGUUUGCUUUUGUGUGCCACCUUAUCAAAACAUGAUUUAUGUGAGGUUAACGCAGUUCUUUGGGAUUUUAGACACAUAGGUAGUUGCACAUUGCAGCUGCUGAUUAUUUUUAAACAUACAUUCUUGACAAUUAGGUUUACUGGAAGUGCUUUAGUUUUAUCAUGAUAUGGAAUGUUUUUGUGACACAAGUUUGUAGUAAAAGGCCUUAUGUAAAUGCAAACCCCUCCUGCUGAAGUAUUUUGAAGUGUUUCCCCAGUACAAAUACUCUACUAGCUCCCUAGAAUGUUACCUAGCCCCUUUUUCAUAACAAGGAGACAGACAGACAGACACCCACAUCAAACCGGUAUUACAUGUCAGUACUGCAGGUAUGAAUCUUAAUUGUGCAAAAGUUAUUUCUGCAGUGCAAGUUCCUGUGAGUGUUAAGACAGCAGUUGACAGCAUCUUAAAACAUGAGGCAUGCACUGUAGACGUUUAAGGAAUUUUUAUAAUUUGUAUUUUUGAAAACAAUAUAGGGGAUAAUUUUCAGUCACGAUAGUGUGCAUUCUAUAAUUUGUAUGUAAUCCUGCUUGCAAAUUUCUAAUUUAAAUAAGAAUGGAAGCCUGUUAACGUUACUGUACAUUUCUAACCCAGUCUCCCCAACCGAGGGUGCAUUAGUGGAUCAGAACAACUAGAGUAUUCUCGUCCACAAUCAUAUGAAAGUGGACCGUUGGAGACAUACUCACCUCAUGAUUCCUCUUUCUAAGAAUACACAUCAACAGCCAUGGUGGUGUUUCUGAAGUUCAAAAAUAGUCACAUUUAGCACAGCAGCAUGUAAGGGCAGUACUUUGGUCUAGCAGCUUCUUUGUCUGCAUACCAUUAUGUUAAUUGAGAAAGGUAAUAACAAAGAAAAACCAUGCCUGUUUGCUCGUGGGAAGUUGACUGAAUAUUCUUGUAUAGCAUUAGGUCACAUCGUAGGAUGACAAUCUUGUCCACAUCUAGCGCUCAAAUCACAACUGCUUGCUUACUGCUGAGUGUGAAGCUUAUAUAACAUUAGUGUCAUUUAGUUUCCUAAUGAAACAAUAACUAGUAUUCAAAGUAUAGGCAUAAUUCCAUGUCUGUCAAGUGUAGAAACCAAUAUUAAACCUUGUUCUGCUAUUAUAUCAUGCCUCCAGUGACCAUCACAUACAGGUUUUGAUGCUUAAAGGUCAUCUGAGGCCAGCUGAGUAAGAUUAUUAAAAUCAUUUAAGAAAUUGUGCCUGAGAAUAUGUCAUGUGUGACUCCAAAAGUUCUCAAAUUAACUUGACACUAGUGUAUACUCACACCCUAGUUUGCGAAAUUUCAUUCAGUGGAGAUGUGAUACAGUGGGUUGAGAAUUUAUUCCUAUUUCUUCACCAGCACCCUUCCAACCAUAGUAAGGAAAAAACUGCCUAUGACUUUGUAGCAAAGUGCUUCCCCUCCACACUGUUUAUCUGUUAUUGUGGGAAAACAAAUCCUGUUCUCCAUCUCCACCAGAUGACAAAACAUUGUACAGUCCCCCUCCCUUUGUCACGUCACUUCUUCUCUCUUUGUCUCUGCUUGUUCAGUUGCCAUCCUUUUUUUAUUUCAUUACAGCAAUCCUCAAGUUACCACAAUCAUAAUACUGGAUGUGACAUAAGCAAUACCGUGCGAGUAUGAAGAAAGACAUGUUUCCACAUGAAUAUGACUCGUGGUAAAAAGGGUUAUGUCUCCCGAAGCUGGUGUCCCAGAGCUAUGUGUUUUAAGCAACAUAACAGAAUAAAAUAAAGCAGCUCUUCUCAGCUCAGAGCCACAACCCUCUAAUGCAUGAAUGCAGAGCAAACAGUCAGUACAGUUAAUCAAUUGGCGUAAAUGUUACACACUUAAAUGAUGUCCCACGAUUAAACCAUAUUAAAACUGAUAGUUAAAACUGUAUUAUGCCUCAGCAUUCGAUGAGCCUCAUGAUCUGUUAGCAAUACUUUGGCGCUUUAAUGAUAUUAUCACUUACGAUAGGGCCUAAAACUUUUGACAUACUUUUUACCUUUUUACUUCUGUCAAUAAUGUCCAACUAUCUUCCUAGUGAAGGUACAGUGCUGUGAAAAAGAAUUUGUCCCCAUCCUGAUUUCUUCUGUUUUUGUGUAUAUCUCAUACUAAAUAGUUUUAGAUCUUCAGAU